UGUAGGGAAGCAGCCGUCCCCAUCCAGAGUCCUCUGUGGUCCCUGCUGCCACCAUGGCCACCCACCGCCUUGUGAUGGUCCGGCACGGCGAGAGCACAUGGAACCAGGAGAACCGUUUCUGUGGCUGGUUCGAUGCAGAGCUGAGUGAAAAGGGGGCCGAGGAGGCCAGGCGGGGAGCCAAGGCCAUCAAGGACGCCAAGAUGGAGUUUGACAUCUGCUAUACGUCGGUGCUGAAGCGGGCCAUCCGCACCCUCUGGGCCAUCCUGGAUGGCACGGACCAGAUGUGGCUGCCUGUGGUGCGCACUUGGCGCCUCAACGAGCGGCAUUACGGGGGCCUCACAGGCCUCAACAAGGCGGAAACGGCCGCCAAGCACGGGGAGGAGCAGGUGAAGAUCUGGAGGCGCUCCUUUGACAUCCCGCCGCCCCCCAUGAACGAGAAGCACCCCUACUACAACUCCAUUAGCAAGGAGCGUCGGUACGCAGGCCUGAAGCCCGGGGAACUGCCCACCUGCGAGAGCCUCAAGGACACCAUUGCCCGGGCCCUGCCCUUCUGGAACGAGGAGAUUGUUCCCCAGAUCAAGGCUGGCAAGCGAGUGCUCAUUGCAGCUCACGGGAACAGCCUGCGGGGCAUUGUCAAGCACCUGGAAGGGAUGUCGGACCAGGCAAUCAUGGAGCUGAACCUGCCCACGGGGAUCCCCAUUGUGUAUGAGCUGAACAAGGAGCUGAAGCCCACCAAGCCUAUGCAGUUCCUGGGUGAUGAGGAAACGGUGCGGAAGGCCAUGGAGGCUGUGGCAGCCCAGGGCAAGGCCAAGUGAGGGGUUGGGCUUGGGCAAUAAAGGCACCUCCUCCCACA